UCCGCCCCCGCCCCCGCCCCGCCCCCUGUUUGCUGGCUCUGUCUGUCCAUGGAGUGCCGGGUGCUGUCCAUCCAGAGUCACGUGGUGCGGGGGUAUGUGGGCAACAAGGCGGCCGCCUUCCCCCUGCAGGUUCUGGGCAUUGAGGUGGACACUGUCAAUUCUGUCCAGUUCUCCAAUCACACUGGUUACACUCACUGGAAAGGGCAGGUGCUCAAUGCUGAGGAGCUGCAGGAACUGUACGAGGGUCUUAAACUGAACCAAGUGACACAAUACGACUAUGUGCUCACAGGUUAUACUCGAGAUUCUUCUUUCCUAGCCAGGGUCGUCGAUAUUGUGCAGGAACUAAAACAACAAAAUCCACAGCUGGUCUAUGUCUGUGAUCCUGUUCUUGGAGAUAAGUGGAACGGCGAGGGCUCCAUGUACGUCCCAGAGGAACUGCUUCCAGUCUAUAAGGAUUUGGUGAUCCCUGUGGCAGAUAUCAUUACUCCAAACCAGUUUGAGGCAGAGUUACUAACUGGCCGCAAGAUACAAACUCGGGAGGAAGCUGUCCAGGUUAUGGAUUUGCUGCACUCUCUUGGACCAAAUACUGUAGUCAUCACCAGCUCAGAUCUUCCAUCGCCACGAGGAGCAGAAUAUCUUGUUACUCUGGGAAGCCAAAGACGGGUGGGGACAGAUGGACGUGUGGAAACACAGAGGAUCUGCCUGGAUUUACCACGUGUGGACGCAGUUUUUGUUGGAACUGGAGAUCUCUUUGCCUCAAUGCUUCUAGCUUGGACACACCACCAUCCCAAUAAUUUCAAGCUAGCCUGUGAGAAGACUGUGUCUGCCAUGCAUCAUGUCCUUCAAAGAACCAUUUCAAGCGCCCGAGCCCUUGCUGGUCCUGGAGUGAGACCCUCCUACUCUCAGCUGGAAUUGCGAAUGGUCCAAAGCAGGAAGGAUAUAGAGAACCCAGAGCUUAUUGUAGCAGCUACAGUGUUAUAGAGCUGGCAGUGAACUGGCUCCGGGAACUAAUCUCAGGUCAAUCAGUCACCCUGAGACUAACAAAAUCCCAGGUCUAUUCCCCAAAACUAUCCACUGGGUAAUGCACAAAUAGACUCCUUUUCCGGGUCUCGAGAGCCCCAUCCAGGGAGCACGAUGCACAAAGUGCUACAUGGAUACUCCUGUGUCUGUGCCAAAUUGUCCUUGUCUCUUCGAAGCAGCCUCUAGACCGAGCUGGAUGUGCUGAAGAUGCAUGGUUUCCUUUGCCAGAAGAGCCAAUAUCUGCUGACCCUGGAAAGCACAGUGGGGCCCCUCACCAGGGUUAUCUGUCCUGUUAUUGCAGUAUGUGUUUUUUUUUGUGGUCUGUGAAGCGAGAUGAAGACAACUCAUGGAUAAAAGGCUUGACUUCUUCAGUGGCACACUGUAAAUUGUCCAUUAGAAAUGCUAAAUAAAAUGAUUUUCACAA